UACGCCAUCAGCUCGCGCCGCGCCGCGCCGCCCCGCCUGGUAUUAUUCCGCCCCGCAGGCGGGGCUGUCCGCCUCCUGUUGCCAUCUGGUAGGGCUAUGGUUCUGACCGGUGUUGUGUAAGUUUUGCAGCCUAGGCUCCUGACACUACCCUGGUCCUGAUGGCAGCGGCGGCGGCAGCCCUGGCGCCGGCCGACCCCCCUCCCGCGAUGCCGCAGGCGGCAGGAGCUGGAGGGCCCACAGCUCGCAGGGAUUUCUACUGGCUGCGCUCCUUUCUGGCCGGAGGUAUUGCCGGAUGCUGUGCCAAAACAACAGUUGCCCCAUUGGAUCGAGUAAAAGUUUUAUUACAAGCUCACAAUCACCAUUACAAGCAUUUAGGAGUAUUUUCUGCAUUGUUUGCUGUUCCCCGUAAAGAAGGAUUCCUUGGAUUGUAUAAAGGAAAUGGUGCAAUGAUGAUUCGAAUCUUUCCCUAUGGUGCAAUCCAGUUUAUGGCAUUUGAGCAUUAUAAAACGUUUAUUACUACAAAGCUGGGAGUUUCGGGUCAUGUGCACAGAUUAAUGGCUGGAUCCAUGGCAGGUAUGACAGCAGUUAUCUGUACUUACCCUCUUGACAUGGUUAGGGUCCGCCUAGCAUUCCAGGUGAAAGGGGAACACACCUAUACAGGAAUUAUUCAUGCAUUCAAAACUAUUUAUGCAAAGGAAGGUGGUUUCUUCGGAUUUUACAGAGGCCUGAUGCCUACUAUUUUAGGAAUGGCUCCAUAUGCAGGUGUUUCAUUUUUCACUUUUGGUACUUUAAAGAGUGUUGGGCUUUCCCAUGCCCCUACCCUUCUUGGCAGACCUUCAUCAGACAAUCCUAAUGUCUUAGUUUUGAAAACUCACAUAAACUUACUUUGUGGUGGUGUUGCUGGAGCAAUAGCACAGACAAUAUCCUACCCAUUUGAUGUAACUCGUCGGCGAAUGCAAUUAGGAACUGUUCUGCCAGAAUUUGAAAAGUGCCUUACCAUGCGGGAUACUAUGAAGUAUGUCUAUGGACACCAUGGAAUUCGGAAAGGACUCUAUCGUGGUUUAUCUCUUAAUUAUAUUCGCUGUGUUCCCUCUCAAGCAGUAGCUUUUACAACAUAUGAACUUAUGAAGCAGUUUUUUCACCUCAACUGAAAAAAAAUAAUGGUUUGUUUUUCUUAAUACAUUCUCAGAGGGAGAAAUGAAAUGUUACUUUAAUUGUGGGGGGAACAGUACUUGAAUGGGGAUAGUUACCCUGUCACAGGAACCACUGGUAUUUUAGUACUUGAUUAUUUUGUCUUUAGUCAUAAAUCAGAAGUGCUUACCAUACUUCUUGAUGCCAAACAUUGUACCUUAGACCACUGAAAAAAUAUUUUUAAGCUGAUGGUGGCUAAACUGCUUUAAAGUUUUAUUUGGAAGUAGAUCUAGCUUUAAAACGGGGUUCAAGAGGUUGCCAUUAGCUUUUUCUUGCUGUUCAAAGUUUUUUUUUUUUAUUCUUUGAGACAGAGUCUUGCUCUGUCGUCCAGGCUGGAGGCAGUGGCAUGAUCUUGGGUCACUGCAUCCUCCGCCUCCCUGGUUCAAGCAAUUCUCUGCCUCAGCCUCCCAAGUAGCUGAGAUUACAGGCAUUCACCACCAUGCUUGGCUAAUUUUUUGUAUUUUCAGUAGAGAUGGGGUUUCAUCAUCUUGGCCAGGUUGGUCUUGAAGUCCUGACCUCAUGAUCCACUCCCUCUCAGCCUCCCAAAGUGCUGGGAUUACAGGUGUGAGCCACCGUGCCUGCCUGUUCAAAUUUUUUAAUUGUAUUCUUGGUUUUUAAAAGACUGACAGUGUUUAUUAUUAUUAAAAUAAGCUGGGUUGGUUAUAUUGCAGUAAAAUAAUGAGAACUGAAUUUUUAAGUUCUAUAAAACAGCCAGCAUUGAAGUUUUAUUUUUGUUAUCUCUCUUCUCACUAUUCUGCUCCACUGGAUGAUAGAGAACACACUUUUUCCUUCAUUUUUUUUCUUUCAUUUUUUAAAUAAAAUUAAGGGUAUAUUUUAAAAGUAGCCAUGUAGAGACUCAAAAAUAAAUGAAGAAGCUAGGCAUUGUAGCAUGGGCAUGUGGUCCCAGCGUCUCUGGAAGCUGAGGUGGGAGGUUCACUUGAGCCCUGGAAUUCCAUGCGAGCCUGUGCAACAUCAUGAGACCCCGUUUAAUAAAUGAAUGAAUAAGUUUUGCUCAAAUGUUAUUACUAUGUACUAUGAGUGACUUACAUGUGUUUUAAAAGUCAGUGUGUUUCACAGAAGCAGAAACAAAAAUACUGAAUAUCUUUGCUCUCAAAAACAAAGUAGCAUUACAGAUUUGUUUUUGUUAGAUGAUUUUCUGUAUAUAAGAAUAUUUAAGUAGGCUGUGAAAUAUUUAUUAAUAUAGAUGUGAAUAUCAAAAAAUGUUUCUAAGGUAUUAUGUUAUGAUGCAUCAACUAGUUCUUCCAUGUAAAAUAAUUUUAGUGCAAUAUGAAGAUGUAGAAAUUUAAAAUAUGAUUUUAAUUGUUAUCCUUUAUAUUAAGAAAAUGGCUUAAAAUGUAAGAAUUCCAUUUAUUGUGUUUAGAGUACUUUUUAUGAUUUAUUAUAAGCAUGGCAGAAAUAGGAAGGAAACAUUUAAAGUUCUGUCUUCAGAAAGAGUAAUUUGUAGAAUUGAUGUGAUUUUCAAGACAUUAAAAGGCUAGGCACGGUGGCUCAUACCUUUAUUCCCAGCACUUUGGGUGGCCGAGUCAGUUGGAUCACCCGAGAUCAGGAGUUCAAGACCAACAUGGUGAAACCCACCUCUCCUAAAAAUACAAAAGUUAGCCAGGAUGGUGGCAUGUGCCUAUAGUCCCAGCUACUGGGGAGGCUGAGACUUGAGUCAGGGAGGUGAAGGUUGCAAUGAGCUGAGAUCACACCACUGCACUCCAGUCUGGGUGACAGAGUGAGACUCCAUCUCAAAAGAAAAAAAAAGACAUUAGAAAACUAAGUUGAGGCCAGGAGUGUUGGCUCUCGCCUGGAAUCCCAGCACUUUGGGAGGCCGAGGCAGGAGGAUAUCUUGACCCCAGGAGUUUGAAACCAGCCUGGGUAACAUAGUGAGACCCCUGUCUCUUUCAAACAAAUGAAAGAAAACUAAGUUGAAGGUUUUGCGUCGGCCGGGCGCGGUGGCUCAAGCCUGUAAUCCCAGCACUUUGGGAGGCCAAGGCAGGUGGAUCACGAGGUCAAGAGAUCGAGACCAUCCUGGUCAACAUGGUGAUACCCUGUCUCUAUUAAAAAAUACAAAAAAUUAGCUGGGCAUGGUGGUGCGUGCCUGUAAUCCCAGCUACUCAGAGGCUGAGGCAGGAGAACUGCCUGAACCCAGGAGGCGGAGGUUGCAGUGAGCCGAGAUCGCGCCAUUGCACUCCAGCCUUGGUAACAAGAGUGAAACUUCGUCUCAAAAAAAUUAAAAGUUUUGCUUCAAUUUUUAUUUCUUUGCAUAAAAGGUUUCUCAUCAUAUCUUGGUAAAAAUUUGAUGAGCUGGUUUCACUUUGAAAGUCUUUAUUUUGGCCGGGCAUAGUGACUCACGCCUGUAAUCCAGCAUUUUGGGAGGCCGAGGCAGGUGGAUCACCUGAGGUCAGGAGAUUGAGACCAGCCUAGCCAACAUGGAGACACCCUAUCUCUACUAAAAGUAUAAAAAUUAGCCUGUCAUAGUGCAGGCACCUGUAAUCCCAGUUACUUGGGAGGUUGAGACAGGGAGAAUUGCUUGAACCCAGGAGGCAGAGGUUGCAGUGAGCUGAGACUGUGCCACUGCACUCCAAUCUGAGCGGCCGAGCAAGACUCUGUCUCAAAAAAAAAAAAAUACAUGUGUUCUUCAAACCAUUUUGUGUAGCUUCAUUUCUAGACCACACUGUGGUUAAUUACUUAUUAAAUCUUAAGAUAAUUUAAGUAUAUAAAACAAGUAUUGGGCCAGGCGUGGUGGCUCAUGCCUGUAAUCCCAGCACUUUGGGAGGCUGAGGUGGGUGGAUCAUGAGGUCAGGAGAUUGAGACCUUGCUGGCUAACACAGUGAAACCCCCAUCUCUACUAAAAGUACAAAAAAUUAUCCAGGCGUGGUGGCAUACACCUGUAGUCCCAGCUACUCAGGAGGCUGAGGCAGGAAAAUUGCUUGAACCCAGGAGGUGGAGGUUGCAGUGAGCUGAGAUCGCGCCACUGCAGUCCAGCCUGGGUGACAGAGCAAGAAGGGGCCCCCCCCCAAAAAAAAAAGCACCUCAGUUAUGUUAUCAGUAAAAGGGGAUUGCAAAUGUUUUUUAAAUAAUAAUUUGCAUUCUAUUUCUGUUAUAGAAUACAGAAGAUAUUAAAAAUUUAUUUUAUCCAUGUGUUAACAAUUUAACUGUUUACAUGUUGAAGCACAGAUGCUAAACAUAAGUCAGAAUGGAAGACUGUUUAAAAUAAUGACUUUGUUUAUAUAUGAUUUAUUUCAGAUAGAUGACCCAAAGUGCAUCUUGCCAGGUUAUCUUCCAUUUGAAGAUUGAGAUUUUAUGUCUUUUUUGAUCUUUAUUAUUCCUCUCUUCCAGCUCUCAGUGGGUAUAGCUUUCUGGUCUGUAGAAUGGGACAGUGGUCUGGUCUAUGGAUUGAUAAAUGAGGUUUGCCUCCUAGUUUUCAAUGGUUGCCUGGAGAAGAUGGAGUUACUGGAUAUAUUUAAUAAUAUCUCAUUACAUUCUUUUUUUUUUUUUAAAUAAUAGAGUUUUACUUGGUUGCCAAGCUGGAGUACAGUGGCAUGAUCUUGGCUCACUGUAACCUCCACCUCCCAGGUUCAAACGAUUCUCCUUUGUCAUCUUUUUUUUUUUUUUGAGACGGAGUUUCGCUUUCAUUACCCAGGCUGGAGUGCAAUGGCGCGAUCUCGGCUCACCGCAACCUCCGCCUCCUGGGUUCAGGCAAUUCUCCUGCCUCAGCCUCCUGAGUAGCUGGGAUUACAGGCACGCACCACCAUGCCCAGCUAAUUUUUUGUAUUUUUAGUAGAGACGGGGUUUCACCAUGUUGACCAGGAUGGUCUCGAUCUCUUGACCUCGUGAUCCACCUGCCUUGGCCUCCCAAAGUGCUGGGAUUACAGGCUUGAGCCACCGUGCCCAGCCUCCUUUGUCAUCUUUCUAAGUAACUGAGAUUACAGCCAUGUGCUACCAUGUCUAGCUAAGUUUUAUAUUUUUUUUUUCUUCUCUUUUCUUUUCUUUUUUUUUUUUUUUUGACACAGAGCCUAACUCUGUCGCCCAGGUUGGAGUGCAGUAGUAUGAUCUCAGCUCAUUCUAACUGCCACCUCCUGGGUUAUAGUGAUUCUCCUUCCUCAGUCUCCCGAGUAACUGGGAUUAUAAGCAUCCACUACCACGCUCAGCUAAUUUUUGUAUUUUUAGUAGAGCCGGGUUUCGCCAUGUUGGCUAGGCUGGUCUCAAAUACCUAACCUCAAGUGAUCCGCCCACCUUGGUUUCCCACAAUGCUGGGAUUACAGGCAUGAGUCAGUGCACCUGGCCUCAUUCCAUUCUUCACCAAGCUACUGACCAUUCAUUUAUUUAGCACCACUUGUGUGCCAGAUGUUGUGUCAGCAUUAUGGAGGACUUCCCUUGGGAAGCUUGCAAGCUGUACUUGCAAUCUGAUUUGGGAAUCCAAUCAGAUUGCAAGUACAGCUAACAAGUACUUGUGCCACACUUUAUGAUAACUGCCUGUUUACCAAUGUUUCCACCUCUCCCCGUCUGUUUUUCUCAAGGGCAGGGAGCAUAGAGUGUGUGGUGUCAUUGUGGUACUCAGUGAUGUUUACUGUCGGGAAGAAGGAAGGGGCAGUCCUUGUUUUUGGAGACUAUGUUCUAGUAGGGAGAAAUGAAGCACAAAUAGUUCAAGAAAUAAACAAUUUAGAAAUAAAGUCGCUGGGUGCAGUGGUGUGUGCCUGUAGGCCCAGCUACUUGGGAGGCUGAGGUGGGAGGAUCGCUUGAGCCCAGGAGUUCUGGGCUGUAGUGCGCUAUGCCGAUCGGGUGUCCACACUAAGUUUGGCAUCAGUAUGGUGACCUCCCAGGAGUGGGGAACCACCAGGUUGCCUAAGGAGGGGUGAACUGGCCCAGGUCAGAAACGGAGCAGGUCAAAACUCCCGUGCUGAUCAGUAGUGGGAUCAUGCCUGUCAAUAGCCACUGUACUCCGGCCUGGGCAGCAUAGCGAGACCCCAUCUCUAUUUAGAAAAAAAGAAAGUCAUAUAAAAUAAAAUAUUCUUUACAGAAAAAAAACCCAGAAAAGUCAUUUGGUUUGCUAAUUUGCCAGAAUGAGUGGCAAAUAUAUAAUAAAACCUAUGAAUAGUAUUUAUGACUGAGUGAAGUGGCUCAGGUCUGUAAUUCUAGCCCUAUGGGAGGCUGAGUGGGGAGGAUCACUUGGGCCAAGGCAUUUGAGCCCAGCCUGGGCAAUGUUCCAAAACUCUGUCUCUGUUUCUUUUUUUUUUUAAAUAUAAGACGGUUUCACCAUGUUGGUUAGGCUGGUCUUGAACUCCUGACCUCAGGUGAUCCAUCUGCCUUGGCCUCCAAAGUGCUUGGAUUACAGGUGUGAGCCACCACACCCGGCCUGUUUUUUUUGAGACGGAGUCUUGCUCUGUCGUCAGGCUGGAGUGCAGUGGCGUGAUCUCAGCUCACUACAACCUGUGUCUCCAGGGUUCGAGUGGCUCUCCUGCCUCAGCCUCCAGAGUAGCUGGAAUUACAGGCUCGAAUUCCCAUGGCCAGCUAAUUUUUGUAUUUUUAGUAGAGACGGGGUUUCACCAUGUUGGCCAGGAUGGUCUUGAUCUCUUGACCUCGUGACCACCUUGGCCUCCCAAAGUGCUGGGAUUACAGUCUUGAGCCAGCGCACCUGACUCAUUUUUUUAAUAUAAAAAAAAAUGUUUGACUGGGCACGGUGGCUCAUGCCUAUAAUCCCAGCACUUUAAGAGGCCGAGGCGGGUGGAUCACGAGGUCAAAAGAUCAAGACCAUCCUGGUCAACAUGGUGAAACCCCAUCUCUACUAAAAAUACAAAAAUUAGCUGGGCAUGGUGGCGUGUGCCUGUAAUCCCAGCUACUCAGGAGGCUGAGGCAGGAGAAUUGCUUGAAGCCAGAAGGCGGAGGUUGCGGUGAGCCGAGAUGGUGCCAUUGCACUCCAGUCUGGGUAACAACAGUGAAACUCCGUCUCAAGAAAAAAAAUUUUUUUUUAAUCCUAUGUACAAUUAUUUAUUUUUUUCCCCAAACUUUUAUACAAUUAAUGCAUUGCCUUGUGGAGUUGGGUCAGUAACACCUGACACACUUAUAUAUCAGGCAUACACUUUACACGAUCCCUCGCAUCUGUUCUUUGAAUCCCAGACACCAUAUUGGGCACUAGAAACUGGUGACAAAUAAUUACAGUUAUGUAUAUUUCCUGAAGAAUUAUGUGCCAUUCCGUGUUUUAAGCACCUUUGAUGCCUUAACUCAAUCUCUAUUACAAUACUACGAUAUGAGUACUAUUUAAAUUUCUUUUGACAGAUGGGAAUAAUCGAGGCCUGGGGAGAUUAAAUUACUUGUCCAGGUUAAUGUGAGUGAUGGAUCUAGGAUUCAAAUUCAGCCGGUCUGAAUCUAGAGCGUAUUCUUUUAGCUACAGUUCUAUACUCUAAUACUGUAAUAUGCUGUUCAGAUGAAACUAUAACAUGUCAUUAAAUUUGAACAUGUCAAUAAACAUAUCAAGCAAUAAAAUAA